ACCACCUCCAACAACAACAACAACAACAAUAAUAAUAAUAAUAAUAAUAAUAAUAAUAAUAAUAAUAAUAAUAAUUGAGUUCCUUGCACUGCCACCACCACCUCCAACAACAACAACAACAAUAAUAAUAAUAAUAAUAAUAAUAACAAUAAUAAUGAUAAUAAUAAUAAUAAUUGGGUUCCUUGCUACAGUGGAGCUGAAUGAAUCUGUUACUGAAGGUGCACUGCUGUAUGACCAAUAGGGCAUGGAGGGGAUGUGAUUGUCCAGGGUGGAUAAUAGUAUGCUUAGUGUCCUCCUUUCUACAGCCACUAUAGAAACUAUACAGGGGACAUCCCAGGACAGAAACCAGGAACAUGGAUUUGGACUGCAAAUGAUAUGAACAGUUUUGCUAUGAUGGCUUAGGACUACAGUUGCCACUAACAGUUUUGCAGUCAAGUCUCCAUCAGUGAACAGUUGAUAACUUCAAAAUAGACUUCAGGUUAAAACUAUAAUGAAUUUCCUGGUUAUACAAUUUCACUUUCUGACUAUAUUGCACACAGUUGAAUAGAAGGGAAUUAUUUAUAAAUGCACUAGCUGGUGUCACCCAGAUGAGGAUGGGAUCCUUUUGAGUCUGAUUCCACUCAAGGUUUUUUUCCUCAUGUCAUCUCUGGGAGUUUUUCUUUGCCACCUUAGCCUCUGACUAGGGAUUCAUUUAUAAAUGUAAAAUGUAUAUCCAGAAUUUAUAUAUUUCUGUAAAGCUGUUUUGUGGCAAUGUCCACAAAACAGCUUUACAGAAAUAUAUAAAUUAAAAGCUUUAUGCAGAAACAGCUUUACAGAAAUAUAUACAUUAAAAGCUCUAUACAAAUAAAAUUGAAUUGAAUUGAAUUGAUGAGUUUGUUGAGCUUCCUUGCUUCUCUGGCUCUAAUGCUACCCCCAGCAUAUUGCCACAAAGAAGACAGCACUUCAAGACAGACUUUAAUAUGAAAGAUACAUAUUAAAGGUACAAAAGAUAAUGGUACUACCUUAGAAAGGAAAGGUAUCAUUUAGUACCAUUUUCUCUGAUAGUGGAUGUCUGCAGGCAUGGCACAGAGCACAGGACUACAGCAGUCCAGUACUGGAGACAGCCCAAUAUCAGACAAUAUUCUACCAGCAGGUGUGAGUGAAAAGCACAGUAUGUGGAUGGUGAUGGUGGAUGAGUGAUGGUUAAAAACCCUUACACAUUUAUAGAGAAAGAAAAGAUGAGCUACAGCACUGUUUUCUCUUACCAAGCCCCAAAAUUAUGGAAUAGCCUCCCAGUUAAUGUACGUGAAGCAGACACGGUCUCAGUGUUUAAGUCGAGGUUGAAGACUUAUUUAUUUAACCUAGCAUUUAGCGACUAGUGUUUUUAUCAAAGGAGUAGAUCUGGGGGACUCGUGGAUGUUGAGUUUUAUCUCCACACGGUGACUGUGAGUGUACCUAACCACUUUCCUUCUCCUUCUGCCGAGCUACACUCCUGAGCUGCCGGUGAUCCAGACCCCACUACGCUCUGGACCAGAUGAGCAUCACUCCUGAGCUGCUGGUGAUCCAGACCUCCCCCCCUUCACUCUGGACCUGUCCACCGGCAAUGCUUCACACUGCCACGAAAACGCUUCAGCUGUUUUCCAUGGACUACACCAACACACAUUGUGCUCACACACACGCACACUACAGUGUAAACCCAUAUGAGGAUGGGUUCUCUGUUGAGCCUGGUUCCUCUCAAGGUUUCUUCCUAUCACCAUCUCAGGGAGUUUUUCCUUGCCACCGUCGCCCUGCUUGCUCAUCAGAGACGGCACACACACACACUUCACUUUACUUUUGUUUGUGUAAAGCUGCUUUGAGACAAUGACCUGAAUUGUUUCACCACCAGAGGACACUCUAAAGCUCUCUCUUUCAAUAGUCCUUUUUUAUUUCUAUCUUAAAUGCAGGCUGCUUCCUACACAAUGUGCAUUGUCCAUAUUCUUUUGUGUCGAUCUGAAUGAACUAAUAGGGUUGUUGUUUUUUUUAUUACUAGGCAUGAUGUUUUACUCACGCCAAAAACUCAUUCAUCUGGUUUAGAAGUUUCUCUUCAGUAAGCUUCUCUACAGUAUGCCACUUCCUAAUAAUAUUCAGAAAGGAGACCUUGUCCUGAAGAGUGAGACAGGCUGAUUAAUGAAAGUGUAUUCAUCUUUGCAGCUUUCACCCAGCAUUCCCGGCUGUGCACUAUUCACUUCACUCUGUAUUUCUCGGUGUGUUUGGCUUCUGAUGGUGUGGUUAUGCACCUGUUGGGUGGAGCAGGGGAAGAGCCUAAGCUGAAGCACUCAGAUGUGCUGGCCUAAAUCACUGCCUCCAUCUACCAUCUACCUCCACACGGUUUACUUAACGCCAUGGACCUUUAGAACUGACAGGUAUUCACAGACGGGGUCAUUAUGUCCGACUCGUAUUUAUUUUAUUCUGUAAAAAGAAUGAAUGGAUUAAACCGGAUUGUUUGUUUUGAGUGCUUUGAAUAUUGCUGGGCUGCAUAAACCGCCUGCACAGUCGACACACACACAUACACACACACAUACACACACACACACUCCUCCACUGCGUCUUUGUUUUUAGGUCCUCCACUCCGAACCGAGCUUUAUUCUGAUGGAUCGCUUAAAGGUAGUUUUGCAAUAUUUCCAGUCGAAUUCCGAGUCCAUUUCCAACGGUAUCUGCGUGGUGCUGGCUCUGGUAAGCGUAAAACUCUACACCAGCUUUGACUUUAACUGCCCUUGCCUGCCGCAGUACAAUAAAAUGUACGCACUCGGGGUGAUGUUUGUUCCGCCGGUUAUUCUCUUCUUACUCGGAAUUUUGGUUAAUCGGCAUACUGGAGUGAUGAUGGAGGAAUGGGCCAGACCCGCAGGCAAGAGGGCCAAAAAUCCAGCUGUGGUGAAGUAUUUGUUUUCAGCUAUGAUGCAGCGGGCCAUGUUAGCUCCCAUGGUGUGGAUCCUGGUAUCCUUACUGGAUGGGAAGUGUUUCAUAUGCGCCUUCAGCAUGAGUGUGGACCCUAAACACUUCAGCGGGUUCCCCAAUGACACUGGUCUGGAUCUGAUCAGGAUCAUGGCUAAGGUGCCCUGCAAGGAAGACAGCAUCUUUAAAGACAGCACUUUCCGGAAAGCUGUCUCACGCUAUGUGCGCUGUUACUCUCAAGCAAUAGGUUGGUCCAUCCUUCUCUGCCUCAUUUUUCUGGGUGCAGUGGCUCGAGUCAUUAAACCAUGCUUCAAUCAUGCCACGUUUCUUCAGACACGCUACUGGAGCAAUUACUUGGAUGUUGAGGCAAAGCUUUUUGAUGAGACUUGUGUCCAUCAUGCCAGAGAGUUUGCGAAAAAAUGUGUAGUGCAUUUCUUUGAAAAUAUUGAGGAUGAUGUGAUGCUCAGGCUGCCACUCUCCCCCAGCUUCAGAUUUAAGAAAAGCCCUGAUGAGACUGAGGAACAAGAUGAGCGUCUCCAUCAUGUGACCAGGAAAGAUCAGGUGGAUCACUUGCUCGAAUCCUGGUUCCAGUGCAGACCUGAGCUGGAUGUGACCAAGAUGGUGUACAGGCCCACUAAAUGUAUUACUUGGGAAGAUCCUAAUGGACAUAUACUUUACUCAGAUGUGUGAAGUGACAGUAAAAUAAUAUACUAGUGCAUAUAUAUAUAUAUGAAGGAUCAAAUGUAAGAUAUAAAACUGUAUUAGAUUUGAAAUGAAUUUAGCUCUCAAUUGUGUGGCCUCCUGUUGUAAGGGAAAUUUCACAGUCAUCCCAGAAAACAAAGUUCCUCUAAAACCUUUACCUUAAAUCGAAAUAAGUGAAAUAUUUUAUAUUUUGCUUAUAUUUCUAAAAAUGUUCCACAAAGCCUCAAGUAAAGCCUCAAGUAAAACAAUUACGCUACCUCUUUGUUACAACAGUUGUAAAAAAAAAAUGAUGUAUAAUAAAGAUAUUGCAUAAAGAUAUAUAAACAAAAAUGAAUUUUCUACACCUGACAAUUGUAUGAACUGCAAGGUUUGCAUCAGACUUUUAGCCAGACGAGUUAGAAACCUUGCAUGCUGAGAUUUGCCUGUGCCAGGACUGGAUUUGUUUAGUUUUGCAUGGCU